UAUGUUUUAUAUUAUAGAGAAAUUAUUUAUAACUUCAAUAAAAAUUGGCUUAAUUUUAAUAAAAAUAUAUUAGACAAAUAUCAAGAUGAUGGAAGUAGAUUUGAAUUUGUCCGGGUUAAGUGAGGAGGAAUUACUUCACAUAAAGAAAGUUUUAUCUCGAGACCGACUUCUACAAGAAAAUAAACAAUUUAUUCAUCCAACAAUCAACAAUAAUGUACGUCAAGAUACCAUAAAAGAGUCAUCUGUAAAUCAAGUUGUAAUGGACGAAAUUGACCGAGUUAAUAGAUUAUCACCAUAUUGUAGAUCAGACAAUGGAAGUAUAACACCAGUGUCUCAAUCUAAAUCAGAUGUUGAAUCAUCAGCAGACGAAACAUUCUUUUCUUCGUUUGCCGAUAUAAUUUCCCGCGGAAUGGGAAAAAUGGAUAUUAGUGGAAAUGACAGCAAAAAACAUAACACUAGUUUGUCAGCAUUAGCCGAAGCGGUUUUUAAAAUUAACACUCCCAAACCGGCUUUUACUUACAGCCCACGUGAAAGUGUGAAAAAGAAACCAACGCUUCUCGAACUCGCAGCAACGAAACGUGCUAGCAAUCCAGCAUCUGUUGAGUUGAAUAUUAUUCCAGAAAAUGAAACCUACCAAAGAAGACCUCGUGGUAAUGCAAUGUUCCAAUCAUUACCUGCUAGUAUUGUAAAAACACUUCCUAGGAAUUAUAAAACAAACGACAUGCCCACUCGGUCGAGGAGUCUUGGUGUUGCAAUGCCUUCCCCUAAGCACAAAAGAAAGUUCAGUGGUGACAAAAGCCCUGCCAGAACACCAACGAACAAUCGACGAGUAGCCACCCUCGAAAGACGAAAGGUUGCUACUAAUGUUUUGGAGAACAAAACGCAAUCGUCUCCACAAAAAGAGGUACAAAAAACGGGGACGCCCACGCCCCGACCAGAUUUACUACCCGCAUUAUCCCACAUACACCAAGUUAUCGUGUCGCCCGCUAGUCCAAUGGAAGAUACCAGGAUACCAGAAACUAUAUUGGAAAGAGAAGAGUCGAUAGCAAAUCGUCGAAGCCAAGACAGUGGAAUUUAUUCUAAGCCUGAAUAUUUUAUGAGGAAAGACGAUAAUGAUAGUCCAUUGGAAGACGAAACAGAUAUUGGUGGAACACUCACAUAUGAUUAUGAACCAGAUACGGAAUCGGUAUACGAUUUAGACUCGAGAAAAUUUAACGCAAAUGACUUUGAAGACGUCGGCAGUUUAUAUUCUUUCUCAUCACCAUCCGCUGUUCAUUCCCCAGUACGACACGGUGGCACCGGAUAUAUACAAGAUAGUUGGGACGAUUCAGAUGCGAGUAGUGGCGUCUAUGUUAGCCACAAACUCGGCAUACGCAAUUCUGGUAGUAAGAACAAUCAUUUGACCGAACACUCCACAACGAACGCCGAGAAACAGCAUUGGACUAAAUCGCGUGGGAAUAAACACAGUAAAGAUCGUCGCACCUUAUCUGAUGCAAACUCGUUAACGCGUUCACCGGCAAACUCACCGUCGAUGUCGCACCGAAGUUAUUCUAAUUCCGGUGCCUCGUCACCACAGAUUGAACACUUUGACACGAUCGGAAACCUUGAAAUUUCUCUGAUUUAUUAUUCUGCCGACAGUUUAGCGAGAAAAAAAGGCGGCAAAUCGAAGAUACCAGUUCAGGGAACGAAAAGUCCGAACGAGAAAAACUGUCACGUGUUGAGUAGAAGAGAAUACGUGGAAGUAACUGACGCUAAGCUGGAACUUAGCAACGAAACAAAAAGUGGUGCUCCCCCUGAAAAAGAUGGUGAAUUACAUCUUGUCGUGAAAGGAGCAAAAUUUCAAGACGACAAAGGAAAAAUAAGGACACCGAAUACAUACGUCAAAUGUUAUUUAUUGCCUGAUAAAUUUCAUAAUUCGAAAAUGAAGAGUGGAAUCAUUAAGAAAAGCAAACAACCAAUAUGGGAUCACAAGUUCAUUUUAGCUGGUUUUACGCAAUCAGAAUUACGAACAAGAAGUUUAGAAAUUAUUGUUGGUAGCUGGCAUUUUAAAAAGCAGGAAGUUCUCGGUGGUGCAAUUUUAUCAGUUGGACAAGGCGGGCCAAAUCAACCAUGGAUCAAUUCGUCAAAAACUGAGUCAUACGUUUGGACAACCGCAUUACAAAUAUCCGGAAACAAAGUCAAGUCAUUGCUGCCAUUACGAGCUAAUAUGAAACCGACUUAUUUAUAAACUAACCUAUCACAAAUCUUUAUAAGUAUCUGCUUCUUUGCAAUUUAUUCUCAAAAACGGCCUUUAACAGUUUCGUACUAAUUCUGAUACUGCUGUAUGGCAACUAUACGACUAAUAAUAAAUGUUGAAGUCUAUAUCCGCUUGUUUAGUUUCAUGUAACGUGUCUUUUCAUUUAUUUAUUUAUUUUCUUUAUAUUUCAUAGAUACAAGUAAUUGCCUUACCCCAUUUUGCACAUUCAUAUGCAACCAACGCAUAUUUUUUAAUUCAAUUCUGUAAGUUUUUAUUAUGUACAUGUUGAUCAUGACUUUUUUCAAAUUAUAUAAAAUACAUUAAAUAAAAACUUUCAAA